AUGUGGCGAUUACUCGUUGCUGGAUUCUGCACGAUAUUAGGAACACUAGCGCAGGACUACGAAGUGUCGAAUAUUCAAUGCAGCGCAUCGACAGCGACCGCAGAUCUUCUGACAGCGAAAAUAAAACGCCCGAUUGGGUUCAAAGGCUCACCGCUAUUUGCGGAUGACAGAGCGGCGGAUCCAUUGACCGAUAUUCAUUGUCAAAUACGCCCCGAGCCGUCAGAUCCUCAGGAGGACCAUUACUUCUUGAAAGUGACGGAUUUUGCGCGCUGUGGAAUUCUCAAAAGAAAUGGGUUUAUUCACCUGAGAAUAUGGUUCCCGGCAUUUCCAGGAGUUGUGAUGCUGGCUGACCAGGAGUUGAUACUCAUGUGCAGACCUCCAGAGCCCACUUUGUUAAGGCACAAAGCUGCUGGCUUCGCAGGAACUUUUCCCCACGGCGCUCGUGUCUCAGGAGUAGUUGAAGAAACCCCGGGCAGACUCGAAUACGAAGUUGCAUUGUACAGAGAAGCAACCGGAAAUAGUUCAGAGAAUGCCCUAGGAUCGGAGGCUGUGGACCAAGCGGUUCCCAUUGGCACGAAGCUGCAAUUACGUGCGAGAAUAAGUCCCGAGAGUGCUUGGGGGUACAUUAAACUGCUCGAAGUCACUGUUAGCCCUGAUCCUGACCAGCCACAUGCACCUGGAAGUGUUGUACUCGUUAAGGAGGGCUGUAGAAAUCGAGAUUUUGCCUCGAUUAUUCCACACCAGCCUGCCAGGUAUCGAGAGAGGAAGAAUGAAGUUUUUCUUGACUUUGAGGCGUUUUUGCUUAGUUCUAUGAGGGAAAGGUCGACGCUCUGGAUUCAUUCACAGAUCAAAGCCUGCAUGGAACCUCAUGACUGCCAACCGGACUUUUGUUUGGAUUUAUUCGAACCAUCUGGUCACGGAAAGAGGAAAAGACGAGCCGCCGGAUUCGUCGAGGAGACCAACGAGAAUGGAAUACCAAAGGCGGAGAAUUACCUGAAGAAAUACAAUGACACGACGCAGUUCACGAAGAUCAAGGAGAAUAUAGAGUACACUGUCAUGAUGCCAAGUGAUCUCUACGAUAAAGCGGCAGUCGGCUUUGAAGGCAGUUGCGGAAAUUUUCUGUACGUAGCCACUGGCCUUGGAAUACUUCUCGUGUUCUCAGCAUUUAUCAUGUGUUAUCUGGCCUCACGUCUGCACAGUCUGGCGUCAAGUGUACCUCAAAAUAAAACCAUCGAUGAUUUGGUGAGAGACAGAGCGAGAAAAUUCUGCGAACCGACGCCUGGUUACACUGGUCGCUCAACUGUGCAAUAA